GCAACCCGUGGUGUCAUACAUAGAUGUCUCUCGCGGACAUUAGGCGUUGUAAUCACAUGCGUUUAAAUGAAGUAUUUUUGAUGUGUUUAUUGUUUUUAAAACUAAGGUAGAUUAAAAUAUGUAGCAGAAACAGUGUUUUAUAAUAAGCAGAAGUUCGUGAAAAAUUUAUUCCUCUAAUUGGGAACAGUUAUGGCAGAACAGUUGUCAGGUGUAACAGUUGUCAUCAUCAUUGCUUGUGGUGUACUUGCAGUCAUCUUGUUCUUCCUUUUUGCCAAGAGGCAAAUAAUGAGAUUUUCUCUAAGAUCAAGGCGUGGACCACAUGUUCCAAUAGGACAUGGAGCAAAGAAAUCAUUGAAGAGAGAAGUUGAUCGAAGAAUAGAUGUAAUUCCACGUAUUGUAUAUGAGCCACAACUAAUAAAUGAUGAUUGUCGUUACAUUUUACAACCUGGCUCAGAGUUGCCACCUCAUUACUUUAGGUUGAAAGCAGCUGAUGACAUAAAACUACUAGAGCGAGAAAUCACAAAGCAGGACAGUUGCUUACUGCGCCAUCCUUCUGAAAAUCUACGAGCAUACCUACUUACAACGCUAGCAGCACCACUUAAUGGUCUGGGCCAGAAACUUGUUCAUCAGUUUUGUGACCUGUAUGAGCAUGCCCGGCAUGAUCCUGGUGAAUUUGGGGAUGAGGAGUAUCAGGUUUACUCGAAAUUGCUUUUGAAACUGUUGGAUGCGGCAAAGCUGCUGAAGUCGUAUCCUAACAGCCGGAAGUCAAGCCCAAGUCGCACGCCUCUUAAAAGGGGUCAAGACAAGUACCGCAACUUUUUGGAAGCCAAACUCAGAUCAGACAGGAAAGUAGCAGAUGAUGAAGUGUUGUGUGUGAAUGAAAAAGAUAUAAGGCCAUCUUCUUUGCCAGUAUCUCUGGAAAAAAGUAAUGAGACUUCUGUCUGACAAGUGCAGGGUGUUUGUGUUAUGGACACUAUAAUGCUCAAGGAAUGCCAAUAAAAUAAUUUGUACCCAAUUUACACAAAUUAUCUAUAAUAGAAGGUUAGUAGAUAAUUUCAUAAGGGAUCACUAAAGGCUGAAUUAAUUUGUAAUUUAUGUCAUUCUCUUCUAAAUGCAGAAAUACCAUUGUAAUGAUUUUAACCCUUUGAGUGCUACAUGCUUAUAGAAGCACAUGUUUCAUGCCACCAGUGAUAUGUGCUACUGUAGAAGCAUUUAACCCACAAGCUAUAUUGGGCAGUUAUUCAGCUCAGAUGAUAAAAAAAAUCUUACAUCUGUAGGAGAGUUGUACAACCUUUUACUGGCACAGUAACACUUCUUUGUCUUACUGGAAAGGUAAAUUUUGUGUCUGAAAAACAGGCUUCUCAGUUGAUUGCUGUAAAUACAUGGCAGAUGUAAAUAAUGGCAGUAAUAGGGAAGUGAAAAGGUGUCUACAAGUCUCAUCAGUCAAAUUUACAGUAUUUUAUAUAUAUAUAUAUAUAUAUAUAUACACUCACACUCUGAAGUCAGGGAAAAAUACUGAGUAUACGACAUUAGAGAAGCUUGUAAAAAUAGCACAAAGGGUUUUGGAGGAAAAUGUGUUGUAUAUGAUAAAAGUAGCAGUUAAUAGAAUUUGUUGUAAGAUGUUUUUACGUCAUUAGUUUGUUGUUGCACUGCAUUAUAAGUGGUGUUAACAAAAUGUUCCAUUCUGAAAGGAAGACUUUCAGCUUUGAAAAAUAAAUUACACUAUGAAUUAAGAAACUACUGGGCUUAUUCAGGUUUUAUUCUUUUUUGGAAUAGAAUUUUCAAAAACCAAAUGCAAGAAAAGUUAUGGUUACAAUAUCACUAUAACAUAAAUGUAUAUCUGUAAAUAACAUAGAACUUUUUGUUACUUCACUCACAGAUCAAUAUGUGACUUAUAUGUAACUGCAGUGGACUCAAAGAGACAAAUACUGAUCAAGAAACACAUUAUAAAAUGCAGGAAAUGAAUCGCAUCCACACCGAUAAUGUCUUGAAAUAUCUGUCAUGCCGUAGAGCCAUUAAACCGUGACGAAAUGCAGCAGCGUACAGUGGUGAAACAGCACUGAGGUUUUGCAUGUGGUAUAGCCAUUCCAUCACCUCAAACAGAAAAAAAUCAUAUCUUAUUGUAUCACAAUCUCAUGAUGUGUUUGCGCAUGUGCAUGCACACAUAUGAAACAUAAAAAUGUUCAUCCCUAUUUGGGGACCAUGUAGUCUUUUAGACAUGAAGCAUAUAUUGUAGUAAAAGGAAUGCAAGUGUUUUGGUGUGUUUUAUAAGUUAUAAAAAUAUUUGACAAGAAAUGCUGUAUAGACCUUUUAUAAUAAGUUAAACAUACUGUAAUAAAUUUAAUAUGUUACAUGCA